CGUUGAAUUUCCUUGAGUCCAUUUAUGCAUCACAUUAUUUUGAAAGAAAUUGACCAUAAGAACAUUUAGUUGAAUACACAUUCUAGAUUAAUUUCUCACGUGAUCUUGAGUUAUCCCUUCAGUCUUAACUGUUAUCUUAAACGUGAAUCACCACCUCACAACGCCAUGUCAAACUUCAAACAUUGUUUACUCAAGGGUUUCAGAGCCAUGGUAGGGUGUGUCUAAAUAUCAUUCAGGGUCUCAAGGUAAAAUACGAGUUUCGGAAUAUAACACAGAAUACCAACGAAAUGAACGUAUAGUUCCUUAGGUGGAAAUAUGUCUUCAGGUCAGUGGCGUAGAGUGACAAAUGGAGGAAGAAGUCUUCCAUGGAUGGCUCUUUUUUUAUAGGUAUGUUUGGCAUUUUGAUCAUUUUUUUUUUCAUGGGGACAAAAAUCGUGGCUCACCCAGGUUUAACUUAUACUAACUUUUUAAUGACAUCCACGCAUGGUCAACUAGCUUCGAGAAAUAAAAAGAUUAGUUAGGUUUGUAAUAUUGUAAAACGCCCCCCCCCCCAUUUCAGCCCCUUAACAACUCAGUGAACUGUAGAACAUACAAAAUAAUGAACUUGAACAUCCAUCGAAGCUAUUAACUUAUUCUAUUUUUUUAGUCUGAACCUUUACGUUUUACGAUUGUUUUUUGUAAGUUACGUCUUUUGAGACAAGUAAAGCAUGUCAUACUUUCCAGAUACUAUCUCUUGGUUGUGAAGAAUGACCGUGUUAAAUUUGUUUGGGAGCUAUAAUUUAUUUUGUAAUUUUUCGAGGCAUCUGCAAAUUAACCAACAAAAUAGUUUUGUUUUUGUUAACUGGGGUACAAAUCUCUGCCUACUCGGGUUGGAACUUUUCUUAGCUUCGCUAUUGCUUUAAUGACUAUAAGGUCUGAUCUACAAUUCAAGAGGGAAAAAAAAUCCUAUACGAUUAGUCAAACUUGUAAUAAUGUGCAAACCUACGCCCCCCCCCCUCCAAACACACACGCACACACACACACAAAUGCAAAACAAUAAACUGUAAAAAGCCCAACAUAACUGGAACGCCCUCGAAACCAUCAAAAUGGUCUUUGUGUUUCUUCCAAAUCUCUACAUUUUUGUUUAAGUUUGGGGUUAUAAGGGGAUUUUUGCCAAGAGCCAUCUGCAUUUCAGCAGGAUUUACCCUUUCAAAUUCCGUAGCUGUCCAUUGUUUGUUUUCUUGUGAUUGAUCAAAGAAAAUAAAAAUAGUCUUAUACGUUUUAUAUAGGAGAUAAGAAAGAUCACAAGACACACAAAAGAAUAAGUAAUUAAAAAAGUUUAGAGAAGCUUAGAGUUAAGUUAAGGUUAAAAUGUUCAGUUUACACAAUCAAAUUUUCGUCAAAUUUUUGUCAAAUUUCCUUUUGAACGCACUAUGUUGUAACGCAAAGUUAUGCGUUCAGACAGAUAUUUGACGAACAGCUGAUGCUGUCAACUGAGCAUAAAGAAUUCAGAGCGGUAAAGAAAAGUCAACGUAUUUUGUAACAAAUGGCCUAUGGGAUACAUGAAAAGAUUCAAAUACUGUCAAGUCUGGCAUCUAUUAAGUGUUCACAGUGGCAGUUUUUCAAAGAACGAGUAUAAACAUUGUAUCUUCAACAAGUGGUUAGACUGGCUAGUUCUAAAAAGUGUAGCAUUGCUCCUUCAUACACGAAGUAAUUGUCAAUUACAAAAUCAUUGCAUUCUUUCAGAUUAAAGACAUCAUUGAAAAAAAAACACAAUUAAAUAGCAUGAUUUAUAAUCGCCGUAGAUAUAGUAGUUACAGUGAAGUGGAUAUAUUUAUGGAAUUUUAAAACGGCUGGAAAAACAUCAAGGUUUUACUGUAGUAGAAAGGGAAUAUUAUGGUGAAUCAAUAUAUGUUGAUAGGUUCAAAAGAUUUUCCCUGAUCAAAUAAGUUUAAUGUUUCUUAGCGUUCUGAGCGUAACUGUUGCUAUGACAUUAAAAAAACAUUGCAAGCUUCAGUUAAUUUCAUUGUUUUUCUGAAAUUUUAAAGUUUUAAAUAUACUGGUCAUUCAAAUAUUUGCAUUUCUGGGCAUUUGAUGUUUGGAUUUCUGGUCAUUUAAAUAGUUUGAUACAAAUGUAAUUUUAAGAUUUUAACAAAAUGGUCAUUUAAAGUCUUUUUAUGGAAAAAAACGAACAUUUUUUUACAGCACAAUGAUUUCUUCAACAUAUAAGUAUAUAUCUCUUGUUUUACGGAUGAGUAAAAAUGUAAAAAAACGCAAACUGGAAUGGUAUUAUCUCGUAACAUGAAAACAAAGACUCACCAAAGAAAUCACGCACGGCACAACGAGAGGAGGGAGAAGAAGAGGAAGACAGAUAAAAAAGAUAGAAAUAUGACAUCACAGAGUGGACAGAGCUAAGACUAGUGGAUGCUGUGAGACGUUCAGAAAAUAGAGACGAAUGGAGAAGGAUAGUUUUCAUUGGUCCAAGGACUAAGGGACAUGAUGAUGAUGAAAACAUGUGCGACACUUAUAUUAACCAAAUACUAUGUAAGACAAUAAAUAAUAUCAUUGUCAAACUUGUUUUAACAAGUAAAAAUUAAUGCUGAAAUGGUAGUAUCUAAAUCAGUAAAUAAUGUAAAACUGCUUGAUGUGAGUUAGGCAGUGAAAGUGUAGAUCUGUUAUGUUUUGUUUUGGUCACACAGAGAAACACUUGAUUUUAAAGUUAAACGGAAUUUGCAUUGCUUUAAGGUUUUCUAAAUUUCUAUGGAUUUUUUUAUCUUGUUAAAUUACCCGAUUUUAAGCUCAAGUCAUAAUAUCCAAAAGCCAAGAAAGACACACUAAUUAUGAUGAAGUUUUGAAAAGAUUUAGUUGUUCGGAAAAAAUACAUUUUCAAAUCUGAGACUUUAUAUUUAAAAAAAAAAUAUUUAAAAAAAUUAACGCCUCCCAAAAAUACAACAUGGGGCGGUACCCUCUACACGCUUAGGAUGGCAAAUACAGAGUAUCUAUCAAUAAAUAAAUUACAUAUUUGAAUUUAUAUAUUUAUUUUAAAUAGAUUUAAAACUUCUUUCUUCAAACACAAAGUCUUUGAGUGCACACUUUCACCAUUAAGUGAAGGUAUCAUAAUUUUUAAAAAAAGUAUUAUUUUUUAAAAAAUAAUUGUUACAAAACAAUUUUAAAACGAGUAUCUUAUUAUGUUUUUAGUUGGCGUGAGAACCUGACAGAUUAGCUUUGAAGCUAUUUAAAUUAUAUAUAUAUAUAUAUAUUUAUAUAUAUAUAUAUAUAUGGCAUCCUUCCAUCUUCGUGAGACGAUGGAGUAGCUAUAUAGUUCUACACUUAGACAAGUGGCUCACUAGGCCAAUUCUAGAAUGUCAAUCACGGCCGCAUCUCUCGUAGGAUAAUUUUGAAUCCCGGUAAUUCAAUAUAUAUAUAUUGAUGAAUUGCAUGUCUGACUACUAAUAUAAAUUUAAUAUGUAAAAAGUCUGCAUAUUAAGAAUAAAGUUUCUUUUUUGCUGUAAUUUUUCGAAGUUCGCCUUGCCACUUUCAUUCAAAACACUUUUAUCAUUAACUUUCGUACAAACUUAAUUCACAUUUAUAACAUUUCUGUGCAAAAAUAAGAAAAAAUAAUGUUUUCUAAAAUAUUAUUAUGCUGAUUUUUUAUUUUUUUAUUUCUAAAGCGCUAAAGCGUUACUGAUACGGCGGGAUGGUGUCCUUGAAUAUAUGCUCCGAUUUCAUAGAUAAUAAUUUUUUGUUGUUUUUUUAAACUUAAAAAGAAUGUGAAUUCAAAUAUUGAAUACCAAACAUAGAAAUUUAAUAAUUUUCAAUUUUAAAUGUUUGUAUGUAAUAAAAACUAUUAAAAUGAAAUAUAAUUCAUUUUUAAAGUGGGGUAAUCAGUGCUUUAGCAAAUCAAUCUAUGUGCAAGAGGUAAUCAUUUACAUAAUUUUGUCUCACUAUCACUAACACCAACCAGAUGUUUUUUAUUUAUACAAUCUCAAAACGUGUUUUUUAAUUCUUAUAAAACGUUACACCUUUGCUCCGAUAAAUGCAGUUACUACUUUAGCAAUGGCGAAAAUCUAGGGCAACGUUUCAUUGACAGAAGCAUAAACGAAUGUCGUCGACGCUUAGAAAAAGUCGUUGAGAAGCAAGGAGGACAUAUUGAACAUGAUUUCUGAUUAGUUAAAUAUUUUGCAAAAAAAAAAAUUCCAUGAAGAAUUAUAAUUAAUUAAAUUAUAUUUUGAAAUCACUCAUAUGCUAAGAGAUGUUCUCACUUUUAUUUGUUCACCCUGUGUAUAUAUAUAUUUGGACAACUAUUUACAAAUAGAUACACAUUUAUUUGUUCCUUUUAUAAUUUACGGAUUGUGUGAUGUAUUUAUUUUCAUAAAUGUAUUCAUACUUUUUCCUCGCUACUUAACUAAGUAUCUGUAAAAGGAGAAAAAUAUAUUAAAAUUCUUAUUAAAAUUAAUUCUGGUUUACAUUUUUUUUUGAAUUUUCUCGUCUAGGCCAAUUUUAGCUAUAAGUUUAUGUAUCUGAGAAUUUAGUUUUCACUCCAUAUUUAAUAAAUUCGGACGUGAGUAGGUUUUCUCCACGCGCUUUAUUGUUUUUAAUAUAAUUGAUUAUUUUUCUAGUUGCUUCUAGGGUUGGAGAGUUUAUACAAGGGUCUGGUUCUCCAUGAUGUUGUUGGUAAUCAUCAUUUUGUCUAAUUUCUGAAUUUAGUUUGUCCUUUAAAUAGAGACCGACCAAAAGUGAUUUUCUAACUUUGACCGAAGCCGAAAAUAGGCUGUAAGUUUAAAAAAAACUUUCGGUCGAAACUGAAAAAAGGCCGAAUGUCAAAAAUGGCGUUCGGCCAAAACCGAAGCCGAAAUCAAAAAUGAAAUAUUUAGAUAUUUUGAAAUUCGUUACCGCAUACAUUCUGCAUACAUCGAAAAUGAUGGGGAGAGUAUAAAUAUUCUUUUUAUAAAAAAAUGAAAUAAUCGUGAAUAUUAAUAAAUUAAAAUCUAAUAUAGUGGUCUAUAACUUGCGGCCAGCUACAUGACAUGGCACGUUUCCCCCAUUCGCAUAUCUAUAACAUGGAUCGCCACGACCGUUUCAGUCGAAUAUAACCGACUAGUCUAAUUCUGAUUUUUUUAAAUGUUUCUAUUCAUUUUUGAAUGAUGAUUAUGAUGUUAAGAACGGUUUUAAACUCGAAAUAAAAGUUUUUAUUUUAUAACUUUUUAUGAAACAAACAUGGCAAAGAGUGAGGCUUUGAGAAAAGUUUUUAAAAGUAAGUUGGCGGGUAAUACACAACCAUAACUGUGUAAAUCGUAGGAAUGUGAUACAUUAUUAAAGUGUCCAUAUUAAAAUUGCCGCUAGUGUUCACGAGUGAGGUAAAUUCUGCUCCUGUCAGCUAGUUCACUUUCUAAAUCUUCUUCUUAUACCUCUUUACCAAGUCUGAGUCUCUACAUUUUUUAGAUUUCAAAACACAGACAGCCACUUUUCAGCUUUUUGCUAAAACUUUUUCCUUUAAAGUGCAAGAUGCCCCACGCAAGGAGCUGAAUGGAAAAACAGACAAGCAUAGACAUUUUAUUGCAUUGCCCUCCACUUUCCCUGAAAUGUUUAUGUUUUUCAAAUGGAACAUAUGACUUUUUGGGAGUACCUAUCUUUGUAAAUAGCUCUUUUCCAAUUUGUACUUUAACAAGGGAAAGUUCAUGGACAAAAUAUACUGAUGAGGAUCUUUAAGAUAUUCUGAGAGUCUUAGUUGCUUCUUCACUCAAGCCAAAGUUGCUCAGCUGUGUAAAGAGAAGCACUGCGAAGGUCUCUAGCAACAGUGAGUUGGUGGAAAAAAAAGGGAAUCAUAUUUCUUGAGAAUCCUUCAUGUUUUUAUUGUUAUUUAUAAAGGUUGAGUAGAUUGUAACAGUUGUAAUCGGUUUUUUGUGGAAUACUUGAUGCGGCCCACUCUCACUAAGACACUACCUCCUGUUUCCCCAUGAUGAUUAGAGUUGGAGACCCUUCAUCCAAUGAAUACUUUGGAUUUUACCAUUUUAAUAUAAAAGUAAUUUAAAUUGAUUUACAAUUUAUUUUUUUUUAAAAUUAGUAUGGUAGGAUAAAUGUUGGCAAAAAAAUGUGGGGAAGGGGGGAAAAAUAAUGCAGGAUAGACUCUUGAGUGCCCUUUGCUAUUAUAAUAUAAUUACAACCUAAAACAUUUACCUAAACUAAUUUGCUCUGAUAUAGCAAUUGCCACCUAACUAAUAAAAUAUGUUAGUAAGGCUAUACAAAUAUCACCAUACUGUUUCGCUGUUUUUGUAAAUCUGAUGCUUUGUGUUUUCAUUAAUAGCGUGUAAGAUAUCACUGUAUAAAAAUUUAAUCUAGUAAAAACACAAUAGUCUUUCCGUGCUGGUAACGUAAUUAUUUCGUUCGGAGACCAGCCUCCCUCACCCCAAUGGGUUGCGAAAAUUAUUUUUUUAAAACCUGGUUUAUUAAAAUUGUUGUUCUGAUCAUGGUUCUCAAAGAUCGCUUAGUUUGUUCUUAAAAGUCGUUUUAUUUGUUUUUAAAUAUCGUUUAGUUUGUUCUUAAAGACCGCAAAGUUUUUUUCUUAAAGAUCGAUUAGUUUUUUAAUAAAGAUCACCUGCUUUGUUGUUAAAGAUCGUUUAGUUUGUUGUUAAUGAUCGUUGAGUUUGUUCAUGUAGAUCGCUUAAAUUGUUCUAAAAUAUUGCUUAGUUUAAUCUUAAAGUUCGCUUAAUUUGUUUUUAAAGAUCGCUUAGUCUAUUGUUAAAAAACGUUUUGUUUGUUCUUAAAGAUCGCUUAAUUUGUUGUUGAAGAUCGUUCAGUUUUUUGUUAAUGAUCGCUUAAUUCGUUCUUAAAGAUCGGUUAGUUUGCUCAUAAAGAUCAAUUACUUGUUGUUAAAGAUCGCUUCUUUUGUUCUUUAAGAUCGCUUACUUUUUGUUUAUAGAACUUUUAGUUACUUCUUAAAGAUCAUUUAGUUUGUUCAAAAAAUAUCGCUUAUUUUAUUGUUGAAGAUUGCUUAGUUUUUUCAUAUAGAUCCCUUUAUUUGUUUUUAAAGAAAAUUGAUUUUGUUCCUUAAGAUCGAUUUUUUUUUCCUUAAAGAUCUUUUAAUUUUUUCCUAAAGAUCGUUUAUUUUUUUUAUGAAAGAUCCCUUAGAUUAUUCUUUUAAAUCAUUUACUUUACUAUUAAAUAUUAUUUGUUUUGUUCUUAAAGAUCAUUUACUUCGUUCUUAAAAAUCGUUUAGUUUGUUCUUUAAGAUCGUUUAGUUUUUUUAUAUUAAAGAUCGCUUAGAUUGUUCUUAAAUAUCACUUAUUUCGUUGUUAAAUAUCGUUUAGUUUGUUCUCAAAGAUCACUCAAUUUAUUCUGAAAUGUGGCUUAGUUUUUUGUUAAAUAUCGCUUUCGCUGAGUAUUAGAUGACCGAAAACCUGAGUCCCUUCAAGGCGGAUGGCCAAAAGUCUAAGUCAGUUACGGCCGAAACUAAAAAAAAUGAAAGUUAACGUUUCUCUUUCGGCCGAAACCGAAAUUAAGCCAAAAGUUAACUUUUCAGUUUUAGCCGAAACCGAAACUUAGCCGAAAGUGAUAAAAUGGUCACUUUCUGCGCCGAAACCGAAGCCGAAAUUCGGUCGGUCUCUACCUUUAAAAUAAUAAUCCAACUUCUCCAGUAUUUGACCUUUUUUCCUGAAUUAAUUCUACAUCUUGCCUCAUAUAAAUUUAGGUCGUGCCUAGUCUCCAAUCUUUUAUCUAAAAAGAACUAGUAUUCCUCAUCAGCAAUGAGAAGUUGGACAACAAACUGCUGCCUUAGUGGGAUUUCUGUGCUGUGCUGAUAUCCGUAUUGGUAGGUUAUCUGUAUGGGUGAAGUAUCUCUAUUGGUAGGGAAUCUGUAUUAGCAAGAAAUGUGAAUUAGUAGUAUAUCUGAAAUGGUAGGAUAUUUCUAUUAUUAUGGUAUUGGUAUGAUAUCAGCAGUGGUAAGGUAUCUGUCUUGGUAGGAUUAAUUUAUUGGAAGGGUUUUAUUAUUGGUAGGGUAUUGGGAAAAAAAUCUAAGAAUAAAAUGUUAGAGGUGAAAUAACAGAUUUGAUUCUAAAUAUACGACAUUAUAGGGAAUGUAACAGAUUAAAGUUUUUUCGUAAAUUGAUGAGUAAAUAUAAUAAAUGUUAAAUAUAAAGUAUGUCUGCAACAUCGGAUAUAGUGUGCCUUGAUUUGAGCCACAUACACAUAAACAACUUUGGUAUGGGAGUUUCACAAAAUUUCACAUGUCAGUAAAAGGUUUCAUUUAAGUUUGUACCAUGAACAAUAGAUGCAUUUUUGAUAUCACUUGAAAAUUCAUCUUCAAAUCUAACAGAUGUGACUAAUAAGUCCGUAUGACACACGUUUCUAGCAAAAUAAACUAACGAAAUUAAAACACAUGUUUUUUAACGUUAAUUUUUGAUAAAUCUAUAUAUAUAAAAAUGAAUGUUUGUAUGUCUGUAAAGUCUGUAUGUCUGUAUGUCUCCCAUGUACUCCUACACCAUUCAUGUGAUUGCGACAAAACUUUAGUCAGUUGUUGUCCACAUAACUGGCCAUUUAACUGAGACAUUAAAAACCUUAUCAAGUGUUUCGUUCCUAUCCGUUGACCCUUAAUUCGUUUUUUUUCAAAUAUGAGCUUUGUAAAAAUAUUUUCCACAUGCGCUCCUACGCCAUUUAUCCGAUUCAUAUAAAACUUUUGUGAAAUGUUGCGAGUAUAUCCAUAAACAUUUUUAAUAUAUUACAAUUGUUUUAAAUUAGUCAGUUUUGAGCCAGGGGGUAUUUAUUCGUUUUUCCUAAUAUGAGCUAUAUAAAUAUAUUUUCAAACCGUAUGCGCUCCUACACCAUUAAUGCGAUUGCUACAAAACUUAGUGAGUUGUUGUCCAUGCGCUGGUGCAUUUUACUGUGUUAUUAAAACACUUUUAGAAACAUUCUGUUUUCGGCCGUUGGCCCUUAAUUUUUUUUUUCUAAUAUGAGCUUUGUAAAAAAUAAUUUUCAUAAAAGCUCCUACGCCAUUUAUUCGAUUCCAAAAAAAACUUUCGUGAGAUGUUGCAAGCUUGUCUAUAAAGGUUUCUAAAUUAUUACAAUCGUUUUAAGGUAUUCAUUUUUGAGCCAGGGGCCUCAUAUUCGUUUUUCCUUAAUAUGAGCUAUAUAAAUAUAUUUUCAAACCGUAUGCGCUCCUACACCAAUCAUGCGAUUUCUACAAAACUUAGUGAGUUGUUGUCCAUGCGUAAAUGCAUUUUACUGUGUUAUUUAAACACUUUUAAAAAUAUUCCGUUUUCGGCCGUUGGCCCUUAAUUCGUAUUUUUUCUUCUAUGAGCUUUAUAAAAAAUAAUUUUCAUACGCGCUCCUACGCCAUUUAUCCGAUUGCAAUAAAACUUAAAACUUUGGUGAGACGUUGGAAGCACAGCCGCAAAGAUUUUUCAAUAAUUAUAAACUUUUCACAAUAUUCCAAUUUUAGCCAGCUGCCUUAUUUACGUUUUUUUCUUAUACGAGCUAUAUAAAUAUAAUUACAAACCGUAUGCGCUCCUGCACCAUUCACGCGAUUGCGACAAAACUUUGACGAGUUGUUAUCUAUAAACAUAACCAUUCAUUGACCCAAAUUCUUUUUUCUUAUAUGCGCUAUGUAAAAAAUAAUUUUCUAUGCGCUCCUAUACCAUUUUUCAGAAUGCGAUAAAAAUUUAGUGAGAUGUUGAUCUAUCGCCCACAAAAAUUCUUAAAUUACUACAACCGUUUUAAAAUAUUCAGUGUUGAGCCAGGGGCCCUAUGUUUGUUUCUUACAAAAUGAGCUAUAUAAAUAUAAUUUCAAACCGUAUGCGCUCCUACAUCAUUCAAGCGAUUGCGAUAAAACUGAGGUGAGUUGUUGUCCAUAAGCCAGAGCAUUUUUCUAAGCCAUUAUAACCCUUCUAAAAUAUUCAGUUUUUUUGGACUUUGCCCCAAAUUCGUGUUUUUCUCCAUACAUUAGGAGCUUUAUAAAAAUAAUUUCCGUAUGGGCUCCUCUACAUUAUUAGAAUACGAUAGAAUUUUAUAGAGAUGUUGUGCACGCGCCCGCCCGCAAAGGUUUCUUAAAUGAUUACAACCAUUUUAAAAUACUCCGUUUUUAGCCAGGGGUCCUAUGUUCGUUUUUUCUAUAUAAGCUAUACAACUAUAAUUUUAAGCUAUACAACUAUAAUUUCAAACAGAACUAAAGCAUGAAUGGAUAGCUUUUUAAUCAAAUACUAAUAGUGAUAUUAAAUUGAGUGUGUGACAUAUUAAGUAGGUUUCUGAAGUAAUACAACAAUUCUAUAAUAUUCCAUUUGUGGAGGGGGGUCCUAAAUUCGUUUUCCACACUUCUAUUAUCUAUAUAAUUUUAUAUUUUCUUCUAAGAGCUUUGUAACUAUAAUUUCAAACAGAGCUAUUGCAUGUGUGGAAGUAGCUGAAUCCGCCGGCAAAUUUUUCACAUUUAGUACAUCCAUUGUACAAUAUUCCAAUUAGUGCUGGGGACCCUAAAUUCAAUUUAUUUUCUUAAAUGAGCUUCAACAAUAUAAUUUAUAACGAAGAUAUCAACACUACCGCCCUUGUAAAUGACUCAUUUGUAGUAAAGCAGAGAAAACACGUUUUUACAUUUUUAGUGUAGAGAGUAUUUUUGUUAUGUGUAUAAAUAAGCUUGAAUUUUGUGACGCAUUUUAGAAUCGGAAAUGACAUCGAAAUCGCGUUUUUUUUUCAACUAAGAGUAUUUCUUGAAUAGAGUCUUAUAAUUUCGGAGUUGUUUUGUGUUAUGUAAAUACAUUUUACACCAAUCGAUGGUUUCUCAAGUAAUUAAAUAACACACUUGACAGCGUAGAUAUUGAACUAUGGUCAUUUUUUACCGCUGGAAUUUACGAUUUAUAAAUUAAUGAGAAACUAUACAACUGGAAAUCUCCUGCCAACAAUGAACGUACCUAUUGUGCGAGGUUUUCAUGUAAAAAGAUGGGAGAUCCUAACGUGUGAGAAUUACAUUCACCAUCAAAACCAUUAUCAUUGUUGGUAUCAGGUGACAAUAGCCAAUCGAAACAUUUCUUGGCAAACAUACGCAAAUGCAAUUCAUGUUUCCAAAUGACAUCGUUCGGUGCAACAAAUAUCGUGCGCGAGAAUUACAUGCCAACAUUUAAAGUAAAGUGAAAGGCCAAAUUUACCAUCGUGUAGGAUCUCUGAUGCCAAUGCCAAAGACAGAUCACAAAUGUCUUCAAAUGAUAUCAUGGGGAAUACUGAUGAGCAAAUCGAUCAGCGUUGUCAUAUCAAUACGGUCACUAAACGAGAAAUUGUCGCUGCAAUGCAAACGUUAUUUUUGCAACACAACGAAUUAAUUCAAAUGUAUAGAGUUGCACUUGAAAAGAUGCCGACUGAUGAAUACAAAGUCAUAGUUAGAGCAGACCUGUCGGCCAACAUGAAAGACAAUACAAUGCACCAACAAUUGAUGAAGUGGCGAUCAUUAUAGUUGGCAAAGAAUUUAACUCAAGUGAUAUAAUUCUUCAUCGCAGAAGUGUUGAUGUUCAGCGAGUCUCAGAAACUCAUCGCUCAUACGAUUGAUUGCAAUAUCCUAUUUUAUUUUGGCAAGGAGAAGAUGGAUAUCAUUUUGACAUCAAAUUGAGAAAUUCGAAUAAGAAAGACAGUGCCAUGAAAUACUAUUCAUAUCGAUUGAUGAUUCAUGAGUUGGGAAUGACCUCUCGGAAUCGAUCUGCAAACAAACUUUUCGCUCUUGAUUUGCAACGAGAAACGCACUUUGAUAUCGAAGCAUUAGGUACGGUACAUUUUUUCAAAUGAAUCUUCCGAAAUUGGUUCCAUUGAAGUUACUAUUUUAAAUGGAAAAUUUAAACUAGGUGAUGUACUUUUGCCAUUCACCCCAAUGAUUCCAACAGAUAUGCCAUUUGAAUUCAAACGCCUACAGUUUCCGAUGCGACACGCGUCUACAAUGACUAUCUACAAAAAACAGGGACAAUAGUUACAAGUUUUCGGACUAAAUUUGGAAAACCCAUGCUUCGCUCAUGGACAGAUGUAUGUGGCCUGCUCUCGCGUCGAAAAAUCUUCUGAUUUAUUCGUGUAUAUACCAGAUGGAAAAACAAGAAAAACUUUGAGUAUUUAAAAGCUCUUGAAGAAACAUAACAUGCAAACACUUUCUUUCCUUGAGUGGCAACGCAUGCCGGGUACUCGCUAGUAUAUAUAUAAAUAUACAUAUAUAUAUAUAUAAAAGUGAAAGUUUGUUUGUGGGUUUGUGGGUUUCUUGCACAAAGUCUUUUAAAUGGAUUGAUGAAUCUUGACCAAACUUGGCACAUAAAUCCAUCAUCCAUAAGGACACUCUUAAGGAGUUUUAAACUUUUUAUAACAUUCCGUUAGGGGCUGGAGACCCCGAAUUUUUUUCCUAAUAUGAGCUAUAUAAAAAUAAUUAGAAACAAAUACUCCUACAUAAGUAGAUGGAUCUUGACCAAAGUUUGAACACAUAAUAUGCUUUAUUAUCCAUAUUCAAAACCGAAGGGUACUGAUCUCAUUAUAUCCUUUCCUCUAGGGCGAGGGCCCAUUUCGCGUUUUCUAAUAUAAGCUAUAUACAUAUCAAUAGGAUUAAUACUCCUACAUGAAUGGAUGGAUCUUGACCAAACUUAAUACACACGCACAUAAUCAUCCAUAUUCAAAUACCGAGGGAUACAGAAAUUAUACUAACCAUUUAUCCGGGGCCGAGAGCCCAAGAUUUUUUUCUUAUUUAAGCUAUAUAAAAAGAGUUAGAAAACUGUACAGGUUCUAUGUGAAUUUAUGGAUCCUAGCCGAGCUUUGUUCAUUAUACUUCUUAGUCCAUAUUGAAAUGUCUAGAAUUUUAAAGAAAGUUCAAUAAUUUAAAAAAAAGCUAUAACUAUGGUGUUAUGUAGGACACUUUUCCCCAUGCGUGAACUGCUUGAACACAAAUUAGAUUCCUAGUAGACGCUACGUUCAUAGAUGGGCGGCUUAUUUUCUUGAUCAGUCGUGUUUAUUACCGACUACCAAUUACAUAAUAAGUUUGUCUCCUAGUAUCUUGUGGAACGUUCUCGAUUUAACGAGAAACGUAAACAACGUCAAAGGUGUUUCUGGGCGCGUCGUUAGACCCACUAUAAAAAUAAGGGGUUUAGCAGUUGUAAGGGGAUUUCAGAUAUAUUUUUAACUUUACGAGACAAGUUUUAUUAUUCUGUGUGUUCUCAUGUGUGUUUAUUCCCAUUUGUCAUUGUACAUUAUUAAUAGGCACAUUGUACUAACUGUGUACCGGUACGAGAUCUACUAUACUCGGUCAGUUGAUGAGUUGUAAUUAUAUUUCUUUUGUUUUGUAAUUAUAGUGAUACUUAAAUAAAUCGUAUUAAUUGUAAUUAGUACUGUUUUCAGUGUCGUAUUUCUGCUAUUGCAUUUAUCAAUGGUAUCUUCCUUUGUUAGGCACUGUUUACAACGAGCCAAUAACUUAAAACAAGAGAUUGAUUUCUCACAAUAGAAGGCAGUGCGUAACAUAUUUUUAUUUUUAAAUCGAUUUAAAUGGGAAAAAAUGUAAAUUUAAAUUCUGUAAUUUAUCAUAAUAAUUUUUAUAGGGCCCCCACCCCAUCUCGGACAUAACUUGAACGAUACUUUAUUAAAUGCUUCCCCCAUCGGAGCCCACAUUUCAUUUCAAAUGUACUAUAGUUUUAGUAGUUCUAUAAGUUAUAUAAUAUAUCGCAUUUGAGAAAAAAUUAAGGAGACAAGUAAUUUUUUACCUGUUUCAAUGAGGAUAUUAAAUUGAAUCUAGAAUGCUCCAGAAGGUUGUAUAUUGUUCUACUGUGAUAUAUAAUAAAAUCUUAAAGCUUUUUUGAACCAAAUCGCAUUAAGCAUGAUCCCUUAAAGGAACAGGAUCCUAAUGGGGAAUGAUUUCCAACACUAAAUUGAAAACUAUCGGUCACGUGAUCUCAUCGGGAUCCCGUUGGGUAUUGCAAUCAAACGUGGAUCCGUAUUGUACCGGGGAAAGGUAACCAUCGGAAAAUAGAGUCCCUAGGUGAAACGGAAUCCCACAGAGAAGGAAAUCCUAACGGGAUAAACCGAGAUCGGGAUCCCAACGGGAUCAAUACCCCGACGGGAUCGCAAUCCCACAAGGAUUUUGAUUCCCCAUGGAACCCGGUGCCAGAAUAAAAUGGGAUCCAACCGGGAACGGUAUCAAAUCCGGAAAAGAGAUUGUGCCUGGAUCGGGGUCAGAAUUGGAUGUUGGUCCCAAUAGGAUUGGGGUUCUACCAGGAUCGGGGUCCUAAUGCAAUCCCGUGCAAAUCCGGAAUUGUUGCCAGUUUUGUAGAUAGUCUUUUCGUUCAUAUUAUGUAAGGUUAGUUCAUAGGCAAAUAAUUCAUAUUAAUAUAUAUAUAUAUAUACAUAUAUAUAUAUAUAAAUAUAUUUAUAUAUAUAUUAUGUAUUUAAAAUGUUAUAAUCAGUAUGCUAAGCUAUGUUUGUAACACCCAUUUCUAAAGUGAUAAAAUAUUAAAACUUUGCUUACAUAUUAUUCCAUUUUAUAUUUUUAAAAAAUCUAGUUCGUCGAAAACCACGAAACCAAAGAUUUUAUUCUAAACACCUGUAAUAUAUUUUUUGUAAGAAUCUUUCUUUAUAGGAAACUAAUGACUAAAAAAAUUCCUACCUUAAUUAACAUCAAUCAGCUGACCCCUUGAAUCCAUACAAUACUAGUAGAAGUUUAAUGUAAUAUUUAUAUACUAUAUAUAUAUGUUCAAUAACUACUUUCCCGCAUACUUUGCAAGGGAAUGUUUGCCCUUAAGUCAAGAAAAUGCGAAACAUUCCAACCCCAUUAAGUUAAGAGAGUCUACGUCCGACAAUUGACUAGAACAGCGGUUUUUAACCUGGAGUUGCAGCCAUUGCCGAAGGUCGUAAAGACCGUUUCGUGGUGUGUGGUACUAAAAAUCGAUCUGAUUUUGUUUAUUUGAUACUUUCGCAUUAUUAUUAAUCUAAUCUUGAAAGCUCACUAUCUAUGAAAGAUGUAUAUCAUUCUAGAACAUUUUAUUAAUGAAAUAGUAAACCAUUGUUAUUGUAUAUUUCCCUAUCGAAAUAUGUAUCUGAUUGCAUAUACUUGCGUAACUUUCAGGCAGAGCACAAAGCCUGUUCUAAACUUUAAAAAAAAACAUGUGUAGGUAUUAAUAAGAAUUAAUUAUGAUAUCUGUAUGUAUGCCCAACAUAUCUUCCUUUGCCAUACCAGCAAUGCGUUUUUGCUAGUACGAUGCAUCGCUGACAUAUGCAUAUGCGCUUAUAAAGUGAGGCGCGACAGUACUGUCAAUUAUGAUGUAUACAUAUUAUGCAAUAACCUAACCACUGAUAAAAGUAAAAAACAUAUUAUUUUUUUUUGCAAUAACAUACAUUGUAAAAAGAAUUCAAAUAAUUUAAUAUAAUAAUCUAGUAUAAACAAGAGUUUGACAACGGCUCAGCAUACUGUGAUAUCAGGGGUGUUUGAUACAGGCAUUGUAUAUACAUAUAUUUAAAUAUGGGUAUAUAUAUAUAUAUGCAUGGGCGCCCGCAGGGGAUGGAAGGGGGGCACUUGCCUCCCUGGAUUGAUUGGAUAAAAAAAUUUUAGACAAAAAUAGACAAAAAAAAUUAUUACAGUAAAGAGAAAAUAAAGAGAAAGUAACUAUGCUGAUGUCCUGUCCGUUCGUUCACUAUACAAAUACGCUAAAGUAAAUUAAAACUACCUUAAAACAUUACUAAAAAUUGUUUGCCCUCCCCCCUAGAAAGUUAAUUGAUUUUCUGCCCCCCCCCCCAGAAAGUUUUCUAUGGGCGCUUAUGUAUAUUUCUGUGUGUGUAUUUAUAAAUAAUCAGUUGCACAACAAUCGAUGCAGUGCCGUGGCCAUCACUGCCACAUCUUUCCAUUCUGAUCACAUCCCAGCUUUCCCCAACUUGAUUUGACCCAUGUUGAUGUAAAUCCUUCUCUAAAUUUUAAAUCCUUCACAUUCUUGAUAGACCUGUGAGCCAUCUGGCCUUUGGCUUCGAACACUCAACCUUUGUUCACCACUCUCUCAUCCUAAACCCUCUCACCGCUCUACGUGCCUUCUUUUUUUAUAUAACCAAGCUAAACGUAUUCAAACACUUGAAAUAUCUUUUGGUUUAUACGAACAUCAGUGCAUCUUCAUGUAACUCUGCAUAGUAUACUUUUGCAGAGGAUUAUCUAGUCUCAUGUAUUGACCGUUUCUAGAUUUAUUCAAGAGUCACUUGUUCUACUUUGCAAUCAUUAAAACUGCUCGUAUGUUAUAUAUGGUUUUCUGGAUUCUAAUAACAUUUGAUUUUGAAUAUCAACGAUUACCGUACUUAAAUCAUUCAAUCCCACCCUACAUUUUUUUUGUACCUAUAUGAUUAUAUUGUGUUAGAUAGUUGUGGAUUUGGCUGAAAUUAAUUUGUUGGAAAAUAUAAUUGAUCAUGACAGAUUUCCCAUUGAUUAUGUUGUAUCUAAAUAUAUUGUGUUGACUGGAAACUACGAGUAAACAACGAACUGGCUUCAUGUACAAUAAACAUAUAUUUUAAGAGACACCCAUAAGUACUUUGUUUUGGUCACUGGCUAUUAUUUUAUAACAGUCAAGUUUAAAUAUGAUUCUGCAAUAUUGUCAUCAUAUUAGUGUUAUUUCACUAACUAAUUCUAUGAUAUCGCACCAACAUAUCAAUAUACAGUUCAGUUUACUAUUUUCGAGAAAUGCAUCAGUACUUAAUAUACUGGUCAUUAAAAAUGUUAAUACAAUGUUCAUUUAAAAAUUUGGAUAUACCAGUCAUUUAAAUAUUUGCAUUUGCUGGUAAUUUAAAUGUUUCUAUUUCUGGUCAUUUAAAGAGUCUUAUAAACGUAUAAAUUAAAUAUUUUCUUUAGGAUUCAAAAGGAAAAACACACACUUUUGAACAGCGCAAUACUUUCUUCAAAAUGUAAGUAAAUAUCCUUUAAAAAAAAUUUUAAUCAGGCAACACCUAUCAGACUGUUAUAUUGACCAAGUAAAUUGUACGACAAUAAAUAACAAAGAUUUAAGUGUGUUGUGACAAGUCAAACUAAAUGCUGAAGUUGCGUUAUUAAAUUAAGUCAAUAAUGUAGAACUACUUGAUGUGAGUUAGGUAUUGAAAACGUACAGUUGUCUAUGUUAGUUAGAUUUUUUUUUUUUUGCGCAAAAAUUUAUGAUUGUGAAGCCAAACGCAAGUUGCAUUGCUGUAAAGUUCUGUAAAUUUCUACGAUUUCUUUUUCUUAGUUAAAAAAAUAAAUAUUUGAGAUAAAAGCACUAUAUAUAUAUUCUAGCCCAGAAGGACACAAAUAUGAAAUAAUUUAUUAUUAUUUUUUUUUGGGGGGGGGGGGGGGAAAAGGAAAAAAAGUGGGGGGGGAUAAGAAAAAUCUAUUCAAAUUAGAGACCGACCGAAUUUCGGCUUUGGUUUUGGCACCGAAUGUAGCCAUUUUAUCACUUUCGGCCGAGUUUCGGUUUCGGCCGAAACUGAAAAGUUAAAUUUCGGCUUAACUUCAGUUUCGACCGAGAAAGAAAAGUUAAAUUUCGGUUUUUCUUCGGUUUUGGCCGAAAUUGACUCAGGUUUUCGGUCCUUUAAUACUCAGCGAAAGCGAUAUUUAACAGCAAACUAAGCGACAUUUAAGAACAAAUUAAGCGAUCUUUGAGAACAAACUAAACGAUAUUUAACAACAAACUAAGCGACCUUUAAAAACAAACUAAACGAUAUUUAAAAUAAACUAUGCGAUCUUUAAGAAAAAUCUAAGCUUUCUUAAAGAACAAUCUAAAUGAUUUUUAAGAUCGAAAUAAAUGAUCUUUAAGAUCAAAACAAAUGAUCUUUAAUAGUAAACUAAAUGAUUUAUAAGAAUAAACUAGGCGAUCUUAAACAGAAAACUACAUGUUCUUUAGGAACAAACUAAACGAUCUUUAGGAACAAACUAAUCGAUCUUAAGGAACAAAAUCAAUUAUCUUUAAGAAUAAACUAAGCGAUCUUUAUGAACAAACUAACCGAUCUUUAACAACAAACUAAGCGAUCUUUAAAAACAAACUAAGCGAUCUUUAUGUACAAACUAAAUGAUCCUUAAGAACAAAUAAAGCCAUCAUUAACAAAAACUGGACGAUCUUUAACAACAAACUUAGCGAUCUUUAAGAACAAACUAACUGAUAUUUAAGAAAAAAUAAAGCGAUCAUUAAAUAAAACUGGACGAUCUUUAACAACAAUUAAGCGAUCUUUAAGAACAAACUAAACGAUCUUGAACAACAAACUAAACGAUCUUUAACAACAAACUAAACGAUGUUUAACAACAAACUAAGCGAUCUUUAACAACAAACUAAGCGAUCUUUAAGAACUAAUUAAGCGAUCUUUAAGAUUAAACAAGCGAUAUUUUAGAACAAUCUAAGCGAUCUUUAUGAACAAACUCACCGAUCUUUAAGAACAAUUUAACCGAUCAAUAACAGCAAACUAAACGAUCUUUAAAAACAAUAUAAGCGAACUUUUAGAACCACAAAUUUUAGAGACCCGGUUUGAAAAAAAAAAAAUAUUUUGCAUUAAUUCCCUACCCCCCCCCCCCCCAAAUUUUUUCAAAAUUUUUCCCUUCAAAAAUAAUUUAAAAAAAAAAAAAAAUUUAAAGACCCCGGUUUAAAAAAAAAAAAUAUUUUGCAUUAAUUCCCUACCCCCCCCCCCCAAAUUUUUGCCAAAUUUUCUCCUUCCAUACUAAUUUUAAAAAAAAAAUUAAAGCAAUUUAAAUUACUUGUAUAUUAGAAUGGUAAAAUCCAAAGUAUUCAUUAGAUCAAGGGUCUCAAACUCAAAUCAUCGGGGGUUGGGGGCGCAGGUUGUCGUGUCUGAAUUAGAGUGGGCCGCAUCAAGUAAUCCACAAAAAAGCGAGUACAACUGUUACGAUCUGCUCAACCUUUAAAAAUAACAAUAAAAUCAUUAAGGGUUCUCAAGAACUGGGAUUCACUUUCAUACACUUACUCACUGUUGCAUACAAACAUAUAUAGAAAAAUUUGACAAAAAAUAUCAGAAUUAGACUAGUUAGUGAUAUUCGACUGAACUGUCGCGUAUGGUCACGUUCUAGAUAUGAGAAUGGGGAAACGGGCCGGCGCAUUUACACUAAACUUUUCUGUCAUGUAGUUGGCCGCAAAAUAUCGUCUUGCUGGUGACAAAUGGCUCGCGGGCCGCGAGUUUGAGACCCUUUUAUUAGAUGCUUAUUUAUAAAUAUUCCCGAUUAUCUCAUUUUUUUUUUAAAAUGUAAAUUUUUAUACUUUCCCACAUCAUUUUCGAUGUAUGCAGACUGUAUCCGGAAACGAAUUUCAAAGUAUCUUAAUAUUUUUUUUUUGGUUUCGGCUUCGGUUUCCUCCGAAAUUCAUUUGUAACUUUCGGCCUUUUUUUCGGUUUCGGCCGAAAGUCAUUUUAAACUUUCGGCCUAUUUUCGGCUUCGGCCGAAAUCAUAAAAUCAAUUUCGGUCGGUCUCUAAUUCAAAUGGUAUUUAAAAAAAAAAUGAAAAUUACACAAGAAAGUUCAACACAACAAAAAAAAGCCACAUGAGACGACAGUCUCUUCACCUCAUCAGGUUUGCAAUUAAACUUUCAUCAAAUAAUAUACACAUUCCAUGUUUGAAUUUGUGUAUUUUUUAUUAUUUUCAGUGAAUUUUCAUCUUUAUUCUAGAAAGAAAAUUUCAUGGAGCCCAUAAUUCCACCAGUAAAUGAAGGUAACAUUAUUAAAAACAAGUAUUUAUUUUGAAACAAAAAAUUAUGAUCAGUAAUUUAAAACAAGCCUCUUAUUUAAAAAAAAAAAUUAAAGUUUGUUUCAAAACUCAAAUUAGCAUUGAAGUGAUCUAAAUAACACACACAUUCAUUGAUAUAUAUAUAUAUAUAUAUAUAUAUUGCCAAUCUCAGUAUUUAUAAAACAAAAUUAAUAUGAAAUUGUCUGCAUAUUAAAAAUGUAUAUUCUAAAUAGACACUUCUCUCAGAAGCGUCCUUGGUUAUUUUAAUUCUUUAUAUACAUAUAGUUAUACUUGCAAUUUUUAUUAAAUACAACAAACAGUAUCAUGUUAGCACAGCGGAUAAUCAGUUUUCUGAGUAAUUAAGAAAACGGAAUAGUUUUAAAUUUUAAUAAAACAUCUAAACUUAGGUAUUAGUUUAAUAAUUUGUAGAUUACAUUUAAAAUAUCGCUUGAUUUGUUUUAUAAAUAUUUUCAGCUAGCAGGAAAUUCUUUUUUCAAAGAAAUAUUGAGGAAUCGAAACCAAAAUUUGGUAAGCAUUUAAAAUAUUUUUUUGGGGUUAAAUAUUAUACUUUCUGUAUGUGAUUAAAUUUUAGGGACUGUGUAAACGUUUUGUGAAUGAAAUAAUCAAUAUGUUCUGUUUCUAAUUCAAGUUAUUAUUGUAUUAAAUUAUGAAUUAUUGUUGUGAUGACUUCUAACGACUCACAGCCAAAACAAGCAUUUCAUUAGUUUUGUCGCCAUUCGCAAGUUAAUAUUCCAUGUCCUCACAGUUUGACCAAGUACAUAUUUGUCAUGGCUUUUAAAAAUAAGUUAAAACUUUAUUUUGUCUUAUAUUUUUACUUCAGAAAAUCCUGAAUAUCAAGAAUUGUCGGAGAUGAGCGAAGCUAGUAUUAUAAUGGAAUGGAAUAGUUGUACAAAAAAACAAGGGCACGAAGGAUUUUUUCAAUUGAAAGACUUUCAAUCAGAUCCAGAACGUUAUUGUAAAGAAUCUAAUCUGAUUCCAACUGAAAAAACUUUGAAGUAUAUAGAUACAAUAGCAAAUCUGACAGUUCGAUUAAAAGUAGAAUUUGUCAGCCACCACCGACCAGAACUGUAUAGAAAAUUGUUUGAACAUAGAGGAACAAAACACACAUUUACUGGAACUGGUUGUGUAGUGCAUGACGUGAAUGAAUCAAAACAUCAAUGUAGAUGUAAGAAAUGUAUGACAAAUGCCAAGAAGAAUGGCAUGGCAACAGUCAAAACAUUUUCAGUUUACAUUGCAACAGCCACGCAUGUCCUUUACGAUGACGAGGAAGCAAAGGAAAUGACAGCUGAAUUAAAUUACAACGACGAUGAUAGACAAUGUAUUAAAAGGUUGUACGGAGUCUCAAUUUCUGAUCGCAGUGUCUCUGGUGACGCUUGUAUUGUAGAAUGUGUCACGUGUGAUCAACAGUUAGCCAAUGUAAUAAAAACAAAUUUAGAAAGCGCCAAUUUAUUGUAUAGAGAAUUUCCAAGAAUCAAUGAACCAAUUGUUGUGAUCAUAUCUCAUCCGCAUGGCAGUUUUAAACGCAUCAGUUUUGGGGAAUGUAAGAAUUCGCAAACGAAACGUGAUGUGCUACUUUCAUUAACAUCACUUGAAUAUAACACAACUACAUGUCCAGGAAGCAGUGGUGCUCCUGUGUUGCUGAUGAAUGACUUAUGCCCAUUAAGACGCACUAAAUUGGUGUUGCUUAACAGCCCAGCUCAUUCUGGUGUCAAUUCUCAAGGUUUAAAUUUUAGUGCCACAGCUUCGAAUCCCAAAUUCAAAAUAAAAUCAGAAAAAAAGGUUAGUGACAGUUGUAGUGUUUUUUUGUUGUUUUAAAUACAAUUAUGAAAAUAAAUAAUAACAUAAUAAAUAUAAGAAAAAGCUUUUUAAAAAAAAAAUUAAAUAUUGUAUCUUUAAACAGUAUAUGAGAUAAAUAGAUAAAUAAAUAGAUAGAUUGAUAGCUAUAGAUAAAUAGAUAGAUUGCUAGAUAGACGGAUAGAUAGAUUGAAUAAAUAGAUAGAUAGAAAGAGAUAGAUUGAAUGAUAUAUAGAUGACAUAGAUAGAUAGAUACAUGAUAGAUAGAUACAUGAUAGAAAGAUAGAUAGAUAGAUAGAUAGAUAGAUAGAUAGAUAGAUAGAUAGAUCGAUAGAUAGAUAGAUAGAUAGAUAGAUCGAUUGAUAGAUAGAUAGAUAGAUAGAUAGAUAGAUAGAUAGAUAGAUAGAUAUAUAGAUAGAUAGAUAGAUAGAUUGAUAGAUAGAUAGAUAGAUAGAUAGAUAGAUAGAUAGAUAGAUAGAUAGAUAGAUAGAUAGAUAGAUAGAUAGAUAGAUAGAUAGAUAGAUAGAUAGAUAGAUAGAUAGAUAGAUAGAUAGAUAGAUAGAUAGAUAGAUAGAUAGAUUGAUAGAUUGAUAGAUUGAUAGAUUGAUAGAUAGAUAGAUAGAUAGAUAGAUAGAUUGUUUGUUUAUUUUAUUUUUUCAAUUUACUGCUAACAGUUACAAGAAAUGGAGAAGGAAAUAAACCAAUCAGGUAAUAUUAAGAUAUAUAAGAGUUUUUAUUAUCUUAUUUAACAUUAGAAAAAACACUUUUUAAAAUUACACCUUUCAAGAAAUAACACCUUUAAUAAAUAUGAUAUUAAAUUGUCCACAUAGCAUAAUAAAAAUCCUCUAUAAAAAAAUCCAUUUUUUAAAAUAUUGUAAAAUCUAAUUAACAUUCAGGCUUUAACUUGGAAUUUCAAAUUUUUCAAAACCAAUGAAUUUUAAUAUUAAGUUUUAUUGUUUUUAAAUACCACAUGCAUGAAUUUAAAAUAAUUUGUUUAAAAAUUGAAAAUAUUAUUUCUAAUGUAGAUGCGGGGAAUUUAAAAAGUCAGCUUAACGACAUUUUUAUCAUACAGAUACUUUAAAUGAUAUUCCAUUUAUAGAACCAUUUUAUGUCUGUCUUUCUGAAAGAAUAUUUGCACAGGAGCACAUACCAUACUUUAUACAAAUAAAACAUACGGAAUUAUAGUCCGUCCAGUAAAUCAAAUAUCUCACAUCCAUUAUCAAAAAUCAUUGGAUUUAGAGUUAGCAAGAGAUAGGGACAAUAAUGACUUGUUUAUGAGAUACGUUAUAGUUUACAAUCUUAGCAUUUUGUAAAAGUGAAUUAUCAUAAAAUACAAUACAGAUUUCAAUUUAAACGUUGCUUGAAAAUAGAAAUGCCAAAAUAUGUAUAAUACGUAACGAAAUUUACGUAUAUGAGUUCAUUUCAAGUUUUUAUUUUUACUAUUAUAACAUUUGAAGAAGAUAAAAAUUAAUAAAUUGCACUUGUGUCUAUUAAAAUAAUCACCAAAUAUAAAAAAAGAUUGUUUGAGUAAAAGUUUGAGUAAGAUUAUUGUUAAUUUUAAAUUUUUAAUAUUGACAAAAAUAGUAAUUUUAAAAGCAUACCUGUCUUAAAUAUUUAUAUUGUUUUUAAUAACAGGAACUCAAGAAAGUGGUGAAGUAGAUAUUCACACUCACUUAUCAAGUUGUAAAAAAAAUCCCGGACACGCUAUGUUUGUACCUGUUGAUGAUUUCAAUAUAAGCCAUUUGCCUGAAGGUUGUCAUGAUAAUAAUUUGGUUGAGAUUGUAAAGUGUUUGGCUGAUCUCACAGUUCGAGUAGCUGUUAGAAUGAUUAGCACAGAGAGACCUGAAUUCUGGACAAACACCACUCAACCCUAUCCUUUUUACGAUAAGCGUGGCAGUGAUGUAAUGACUCUUGGUACAGGGAUAAUUUUGUUAAUACGUCAAAUAGAAGACGUGCAGCAGCCAUUAUGUACUUGCCAUAAAUGUCAAGAUUCUGAUACACCAAGUAAAGUACACUAUCAUAUUUACAUGAAAACAGCAACACAUGUAGUUUUUGAUGAUUUAGAAGCACGUGAUACAACAGCACGUACAUUUUAUGACGGACAAGAUAGUCCUUUGGUAACACUGGAUGGAUGGCAUGUUGUGGAUCGUGAUAUUGAGGGUGAUACAUGUUAUCUUAAAUGUGUUACAUGUGAUGUAGAUCUUGGUGAGAAACUUUUUAAGAUGACUCAACAUCUGUGGAACAUAUAUGAAACCAUUGAAUAUAAAUAUAAGUCAGAAAAGUUGAGUAUAAUAUCAUCUCAUCCGCACGGUUGUCCUAAACAAGUUUCAGUUGGACAUGUGGUAGAAGAAAUUACAUUAGCUGAAGGUUAUGACUUAAAAUUAACUAAACACAGUUAUACGACAUGCACAUGUCCAGGAUCAAGUGGAGCUGCUGUAUUUAUACUUUCAGAAGGUUCUACAAUCUUUCUUGAGAAGUAUAUAACACACCACGUGCACAGUGAUGCACUAGAAAGUGGAUUAAAUAAAUGUUCUUGGGCUGCUGAUAGAUUAAACUAAUUAGUUUUCAGUGCUAUACAUAAUGUCUAGUUAUAAUAAAACAAAUGCAACAUUUUAAAAAAUAAAUUGUUUAGACUUAAUAUAAAACACGCUUCAAGUAAUAUAUUACUUUAUUGAAAAAAAACAUUAAAAAAAAAAUAAAGGUAUACAAUAAAAGAUGAAUAUUUGAAUCAAUUAAAUUUAACACUGAUGACCUUAUGUCACACGUCUUUAUAUUUUUCUAUGGACCAUGGAAAUCAUAUUUUUUAAUUAAAAAUAAAAGCAAAGUUUAAAUCUCUAAAAAUAGGUUAUUUAAAAUAUUUAAAAUAAAUUUACACACAUUUUAAGGUGGAUAUUUGUACUUUAAGGACAGUAAAUUAAUAUUUUUUUUAUAUUUAUUCAAUAUCCCGUAUUUUACAGACAAUGUGCAGUCAUUUUACAUGAAUCUAACAGCUAGUCUGGCAUCAUAAUUUUUCACAUAACAAUUCGCUACAGACCAACACUUUUUGUGAACUACAAAAACUCAGAUCCAAGUUUUAAGACUUUAAUACAAAGAGUGCGAUGCAAACAAAACAAAAAUCCUUUAAUUUGUAAAAAAUAAAUUAAAAUAUUUUAUUAUCUUAUUUUACAUAGCAUAAAAACCAAUAUUUGGGAUUAUUCAAGUCAUACAAAAGUCAAUAAAUAAUUCUAAUAUCUGAAUAUUCUUCACUUGGAAUAAAAAAAAUAUUGAACUAUAACUAGUUAAGG